AUGAGCGACGAUGAGACGUUAGCGGACGUUCGAAUAGUAUUGGUUGGAGAUGAAGGAUGUGGAAAAACGUCGUUGGUGAUGAGUCUUCUGGAGGAUGAGUGGGUUGAUGCAGUACCACGGCGUUUAGACAGAGUUCUGAUUCCUGCUGAUGUAACUCCAGAAAACGUUACCACAAGCAUUGUCGAUCUAUCAGUUCAAGAAGAAGAUGAUAACUGGCUCGCUGCUGAAAUUCGGCAGGCAAAUGUAAUCUGUGUCGUUUAUUCUGUCACUGAGGAGAACACUGUUGAUCGAAUUCAAAAGAAAUGGCUCCCAUUGAUUAGGCUAGCGUUUGGAGAUUAUCACGAGACGCCAGUUAUUCUAGUGGGAAACAAAUCGGAUGGAACAGCAAACAAUACUGACAAGAUUCUUCCUAUAAUGGAAGCUAAUACAGAAGUUGAGACAUGUGUUGAAUGUUCGGCUCGUACAAUGAAAAACGUCUCGGAAAUUUUUUAUUAUGCUCAGAAAGCUGUAAUAUACCCAACAAGACCGCUUUACGAUGCUGACACCAAACAAUUGACAGAUCGAGCAAAAAAGGCCCUAAUUCGAAUUUGUGACCGCGAUAACGAUGGCUAUCUGAGUGACACGGAGCUAAACGACUUCCAGAAGCUUUGUUUCGGGAUACCGCUCACAUCAACUGCUCUUGAAGACGUUAAGCGAGCUGUGGCGGAUGGAUGCCCUGAUGGUGUAGCUUCUGAUGCAUUGAUGCUUGCUGGUUUUCUCUACCUCCACCUCCUUUUCAUUGAAAGAGGAAGACACGAAACAACUUGGGCGGUUUUGAGAAAAUUUGGUUAUGAAACUAGUUUAAAAUUAGCUGAAGAUUAUCUCUAUCCAAGAAUAACUAUUCCUGUUGGUUGCUCAACUGAAUUAUCUCCGGAAGGAACACAAUUUGUAUCUGCACUAUUCGAGAAGUAUGAUGAAGAUAAAGACGGAUGUUUGUCACCCAGUGAGCUUCAAAAUCUUUUUUCAGUAUGCCCCGCACCAGUUAUCACGAAAGAUAAUAUUUUGGCUCUCGAAACCAAUCAAAGAGGAUGGCUAACAUAUAAUGGAUACAUGGCAUACUGGAACAUGACAACUCUAAUCAAUCUCACCCAAACUUUCGAGCAGCUAGCUUAUCUUGGAUUUCCGGUUGGAAGAAGUGGUCCAGGUCGUGCGGGGAAUACUCUUGACUCUAUUCGAGUAACCCGUGAACGGAAAAAAGAUUUGGAGAAUCAUGGUACCGAUCGAAAAGUCUUUCAAUGCCUCGUUGUUGGAGCCAAGGAUGCUGGAAAAACAGUUUUCAUGCAAUCUCUAGCAGGUCGUGGAAUGACUGAUGUUGCACAAAUUGGACGUCGUCAUUCUCCUUUUGUCAUUAAUCGUGUAAAAGUCAAAGAAGAGAGCAAGUAUCUUCUUCUCCGUGAAGUUGACGUACUCUCUCCUCAAGACGCGUUGGGAUCUGGGGAGACUUCUGCUGACGUCGUUGCGUUUUUAUAUGAUGUUUCCAAUCCUGAUUCGUUCGCUUUCUGUGCAACAGUUUACCAGAAAUACUUCUAUAGAACAAAAACGCCAUGUGUUAUGAUUGCUACUAAAGUGGAAAGAGAAGAGGUUGAUCAACGGUGGGAAAUACCUCCUGAAGAGUUCUGCAAACAAUUUGAACUUCCCAAGCCAAUCAAAUUUUCUUCUAGCAACAUCGGUCAAUCCUCGUCACCAAUUUUCGAGCAGCUUGCUAUGAUGGCUGUGUAUCCACAUCUUCGUCGGGUCUUCUACUUGAGUGAUUCGAACCUUCUUUCUAAGAUAACUUUUGGCGCAGCGAUAGUGGCUCUUGCUGGUUUUUUAGUUCUCAAAAACUUAUAG